UUUUUAUCUUAUUUGAACAUUUUUGCUUCGAUUUUUUUGUCAAAAAGGAAAUGGGAUCUGAUGCUGGAGACUGGUGUCUUAUUGAGAGCGAUCCCGGUGUUUUUACUGAAUUAAUCAAUGGCAUAGGCGUUCAAGGUGUUCAGAUUGAAGAGCUUUAUUCAAUAGACGAUGAGGAACAUCUUGACAAAUUAAAACCAAUUUAUGGUCUUAUCUUUCUUUUCAAAUGGCGACAAGGUGAAGAAGUAGAGGGUACUCUUCAACCUGAUGCUCCCGUUUAUUUUGCCAAACAGGUCAUUACGAAUGCAUGUGCUUCACAGGCAAUUAUCAAUUUACUUCUGAAUAUUGAUUCAAAUGAUGUUAGUUUGGGGAAUACACUGGAAAACUUUAAAAAUUUUACUCAAAAUUUUGACGCUGGAUUACGUGGUCUUACUUUAAGCAACAGCGAAGAAAUCCGAAAAUUACAUAAUUCGUUCAGUCGGGAACAUUUUAUGGAAAUGGAUUUGCCAAAGAUAAAAAGUGAAGACAAUUUUCAUUUUAUUGCUUAUGUGCCUGUUGAUGAUAAGAUUUAUGAAUUAGAUGGAUUACGUGAUGCUCCUAUUUUUUUGGCGGAUAUUAAUAAAGAGGAGGACAAUAAUUCAACUGAUUGGAUUGAUAUUGUUCGUCCAUUCAUUAAAAGACGAAUUGAGAAAUAUACUGCUGGUGAGAUUCAUUUUAAUUUAAUGGCGUUGGUCCCAAAUUUACGUUCCAAAUAUGAACAGCGAAUAGCUGAGCUUAGCACGUUACAAAAUUUAAUUGAAGAUGAAAAGGAUAAAAUGAAACGUUACAAAAUUGAGAAUAAUCGACGUCGUCACAAUUAUAUGCCGUUUUUAAUUGAAUUAUUAAAAUGUUUGGCUAAAGAAGGCAAAUUGGUUGAUUUGGUUUGUGAAGCACAAGAGAAAAAGAAAAAGUCUGCGACUUCUCCAACCAAGAAAGUGGUGAAAUAA